UACAUUACAAAGUCCCCAUUAAGGAUAGUUUGAGCAGAGUAGCUACCCCCUGGAAGCCGCCCAAGAACAUGGAAAUUAAGAGAGAUGAUGAAAUUGAGGUUAUGUCAUUGUCCGCCCCAACAAUGGGAACUAUGCAGAUUGCUGGGAGUACUGGUUUUGGUCACAACAUUGAGUUCAUGUCUCAAGCCUACCUUAGAAAUAGGUACUCAGAGAUUGAUUUAGAAGAUGAGAGUUCUAAUACCAACAAAGAUCACCCUCUUCCAAUAUUUCUCAAGUUUGAAGAUGUGGAGUAUAAGGUGAGAAGUAGCCAAGCUUCCUCCAACAACCCGGUGAAGUCAGUUGUUUCCAAGGUAGCUACACAACUUAACAUGGAGCAAGACAAUUGCAAGCAGAUAUUGAAGGGUAUAACUGGAAGCAUCGGCCCUGGAGAAAUCCUUGCUCUGAUGGGUCCUUCUGGUAGUGGGAAAACAACCUUGUUAAAAGUGAUAGGAGGAAGACUACUUGACAACGUUGAAGGAAAGAUUACUUAUAAUGACAUCCCAUAUAAUGCAGUUGUUAAGAGGAGGAUAGGAUUUGUGACACAAGAUGACGUGCUCUUCCCACAAUUAACAGUGGAAGAAACCUUAGUUUUUGCUGCAUUUUUAAGGCUUCCAAGCAAUAUGAGCCAACAACAAAAAUAUGCAAGAGUGGAGAUGAUUGUGAAGGAGCUAGGCCUUGAAAGAUGUCGUCACACAAGAAUAGGAGGAGGAUUUGUAAAAGGAAUAUCUGGAGGAGAAAGAAAAAGAACCAGCAUUGGUCAUGAAAUUCUUGUUGAUCCUUCGUUAUUGUUGCUUGAUGAACCUACUUCAGGUCUUGAUUCUACCUCGGCCAAUAGACUCCUUAUAAUUCUUCAAGGACUUGCUAAGGCAGGAAGGACAAUAAUCACAACCAUCCAUCAGCCAUCAAGCAGAAUGUUUCACAUGUUUGACAAAAUUCUGCUAAUAUCAGAAGGCUACCCUGUGUACUAUGGGAAGGCUAGAGAGUCUAUGGAGUAUUUCUCAUCGUUAAGGUUCAUCCCAGAAAUACCCAUGAAUCCUGCAGAGUUCUUGCUUGAUUUAGCAGCUGGUCAAGUGAGUGACAUAAAUGUACCUGGAGAUUUUUUGGAAACUCGAGGAUCUCCUGACUCAGAGAAGGCCAUCAUCGAAUUUCUACAACUCAAAUACAAAACUCAGCUGGAGCCCAAGGAAAAAGAAGAAAAUCAUAAAACAACAAAGACAUCAGAGCAUCUUCAGUUAGCCAUUCAAGUAAAGAGGGACUGGACAAUGACUUGGUGGGAGCAAUUCAUGGUACUGUCAAAGAGAACAUUUAGAGAAAGGUGCAAGGAUUAUUUUGAUAAGCUAAGACUUGUUCAAGCAGUAGGAGUUGCAGUCUUGUUGGGCCUUCUUUGGUGGAAAUCCAAGAUUGACACCGAGGCUCAUCUCAGAGAUCAGGUCGGUUUGUUGUUCUACAUUUGUAUAUUUUGGACAUCAUCAUCAAUUUUUGGAGCAGUAUACGUGUUCCCGUUUGAAAAAAUAUAUUUGGUGAAGGAAAGGAAAGCAGACAUGUAUAGAUUAAGCGUAUACUAUGUGUGCAGCACCCUUUGUGACAUGGUGGCACAUGUUCUCUAUCCUACGUUUUUCAUGCUCAUUUUGUAUUUCAUGGCUGGCUUCAAGAGAACUGUCCCUUGCUUCUUCCUGACAUUAUUUGCCAUACUUUUGGUAGCAAUAACAAGCCAGGGGGCAGGAGAGCUAUUUGGAGCUGCAGUUUUGAGUAUCAAAAGGUCUGGCAUGGUUGCUUCUUUGCUAUUAAUGUUGUUUCUUCUCACUGGAGGUUACUAUGUCCAGCACAUACCAAAAUUUAUGAGGUGGUUGAAGUAUUUGUCGUUCAUAUACUAUGGCUUCAGACUUCUCUUGAAAGUGCAAUAUUCUGGAGACGAAUUAUAUGAGUGCCAAAGCCAAGGAGGGUGCAGGACCCUGCAGAGUUCACCUUCUUUCAACGCAGUGAACCUGAAUGGUGGAUUGGAAGAAGUAUGGAUUCUGCUUGCCAUGGCUCUAGCUUACCGGUUGUGUGCUUACUUUUGCCUUCGCAGAAGAAUUAACAUAUGCACUCUUUGAAUGUAUGUUUCAUUCCACGUUUCUAAAGAAUAAGAGCAACUUCUGAGCAGCUCUAUGUUUCUGAAUUUUUAAUAUAGGUUUGUACUAUGAUCAUUAUAAUCUUUCGCUUGAGUUCAUGAUCUGAAAUUGCACAUGCUGGUGGAAAAA